UCCUCUCACAGUUUCACAAACACUAGUUCCCGAUCUCUCACACUCACAACCCCAAGAAAAAAAAGCAUCCCCUGCCUUAAACAAAGGAAACUCUCAACUUUCGAGACUCGCAAUCUCUACACAACCACCUAUCACGAUCGACUUGACAACCUUUGACACUCGAAACACCAUGAACAGUACUCACGACUCAGAAGACUGCAACAUCAUGAACAGCACACUUAAAAUGACCGGUCCUGCCACAUUCACAAGACAAGAAACUUUCUGGUCCAGAAAUGCGUGCGAGAUUGAUAGGAUUGGGUGGUGUGGGAAGUAUAAUUAUGAGGAUACUGAGGACGAGAGUAGCGAAGACGAGAGUAGCGAGGAUAACGACUCCGACUCUGGAGACAGCGAGGACUACAGCGAAGACCACGGAGAUCCCGACACGGAUACUGAGACUCUGGAUGGUAGCGAAGAUUUGAAUGAUUCGAAGGCUCUGGAUGGGAGAGAUACUGCUGUUGAGGAUGAGGAGAAAGAUGUACUGCUGAAUGUGGUGUAUGGUCUCAUGUCAUCUUACGCUCUCGGCGCAUUCUCCCAUGUCUUGUGGGUUGGGUACUGGGAGUCUUGAGAAUUUUUGGUUUCUCUAUCUGAUUUUAUUCGGAAGUCAAGCAGUU